AUGGAGUUCUUCCCCAACGGGAUCCACGUGAGGCUGCGGAACCGCGCGACCCGCGCGUACCUCCACGCCGACGACGACGACGGGGUGCGCGUCUCCCUGCGCCGGCGCCGAGCGUCGCUGAACACCGCGUGGGCGGUGCACCGGGUCGUGCGCAACGGCAUCACCUACGUCCUCCUCCACAGCGCCGCCUACGGCCGGUACCUCGCGCUCUCACCCGCCCCGGCGCCGCGCGGCCACCGUGGCCACCGCGUCGUCCAGCGCUGCUACGACGAGCAGGAGCUGAACGCCGUCAUGUGGAUGGGCGUCAGGGCUCCGGGCGGGGUCGGGGAUGACGUCUUCUUGCGCCACGUUUCCAACCGCCACCUCCGCGCCAACGGCAGGUUCCGCAUAUGGCACACCGGCGCCACCGUCGACCACUUCAUUAGCAUUUGGAGCAAUAUGAAGCAUUGGAUGGUCGAGGCCAUCCCCCCGAGACCGGCGCCGCCAGUCCUUCCAGUUCCAGGUCCUACUCAGAAUCUAGGAGGCCGUCACGGCCUGUUCCGCCGGCGCGCCGAGGCAGUGGUGGACCGGUCGCGGAUCAUCCGGUGCUUUGGGGCAAACGACCUCGGGAACUCCGACCAGCUCGGCACGUUCCUGUUCUACGGCCGGUCCGUGUUCAACCUGAGGAACGAGGUGGCGCUCCGUGUGGACCAAGAGAUAUUCUCCGACAUCACGGUGUGCGUGCGGGCCGGCGUCUACGGGCGGCUGACCCCUCUGGUUAUCGACCUGCCUCGCAACGAGGAGACCAUGGACAUCGUCGUCCUGAUCACUGGAUCACCAGCUGCUGAGGCGUUGCGGCACCCAGAUGUUGAUGCACGCUAGAGGAAUAUCAGAG